AUGAGGAAUACCACACGACACAAAAGAAAGCGCGACGAGCUUUUCCACACCUACCAUGAAGUGUGCAGUCUGGAGACCUUUCUAAAGACCCAAACUAUCCCGAAAAAAGCCAGUAAACGACAGGAAACACCGACCAACUCAAACGGUCUUGUAUCAGAAGAGCAUGAGAGUGACCACAUGAGCGUGGCGAAUCUACUUACAGUUACAGAUAGCGACGAGUAUUUAGUUCUGCUGCGGGACGCUGUUGUGGCUGUGCCCCAUGGGGUACCGGCUGUGGAGAGUGUGGUCAAGGGCUUCUCUCAGCAUUCAUCUCAGGCCGAUGUAGUCCACAGGCUUAUCAGUACUCUGUUCCAAGACCCUGCACUGGUGCGGUUUCCGAGUGAUCAUGUGCUCACGUGUGGCUAUAGGGCCGCUCGAUCACAGUCCAAUCACGGCGUUCGCAAUAUACAG